AUGGGACCACACGCCAAACAGCAGCAGCCGAACCGGAGCAGACGCUCGUCGUCGUUUGACAGAAGACAGUCCAGGUCUCGUUCCAGACACAACUCGGUGACUUCGCUAGACUCCUCCAGCAGCUUCCUAGUGGAUGACAAUAACCAUGAAAUGUAUGCUGGUGCCGCUUCUGAGGUGAUUCCGUCGUCAAUUUCCUCGUUGCACUAUCCACACCAUUUUGGUCGAUUCCGGAGCCGGCAGGAACUGGCAAUCUCUAGAGAAACGUCUCCGUUGCUCCAAGGAGAUCAGAACGAUUUGGAUUUGCAUAGUGUCAAGUCAAACGUCUCGAUUUCUUCGUACGACAAGUCCCACUUCAAGUUCUUUUCACCUGAUGAAAUUGAAAUGGCUCAGGGUGGUUCGACUUUGGAAAACCCUGAGGAUCCUGUGGAUUACAAUACCAAUUGGGACUAUUCUGUGGACAAGUACGACUCAGUAGAAGAGCCUUUAACGGUUUCAGACUCGGCUGUAGCCUACUACGACCAGGCCGGAGUCAACGAACGAUUUCUGCUGCCAGAACCGGCAGAUUAUGGAGCUCUCAAUGCCCACUAUGAACGUAGAAAUAGAAGAGGCUCUGAUGAAAGUAGCAACAAAUCCAGUUUACUUGAUAGUGAGAGUAUGACUUCCAGGAAAAUCGAUCAAGAUUUCUAUAAGGAUUUUCCAGCAAAGCUCGACUAUCAGAGAUUUUAUCUUGCUGAAGAGGAUUUGGUCAUUGGUAUCGCUGGUUACGCUAACUGCUGGUGGAAGAAGCUUCUUUUCUACUUCAUCAGCAUCUCUACUCUUGGUAUAGCCUAUUUGGUCCUUAGAUGGUUUCCCAAAUACAGAGUAAACUUGAUGGGAAACAGAUGUCCCCUUGGUUUGGCCGAUUGGUGUGUGAUUGAAAACGAGUUCGGUGAGUUACAGAUUGUCAAUAUUGAUUCUCAUAGACUAAACGAACGUCUUUCUAGCUUCUUGACUCUUGUAUCUUCUGAGGAGCAAGGAGAAGAAAUUCCUAGUAAAGAGAGAGACCCUAUAAUCCCCGUGGUCCGUUCAUUUUGCUACAGAUACAUCAAGUUCUUUUACAAUCCAGUGGAAGACAUAUACAGAAGCAACACUAACUGGUACGACUUGCACUGGCUAAACGUCAAGAAUACUAAGGACGGUGUGUCACAGAGUCUCCAAGAACAGAGAUUGGAGCUCUUUGACAAAAACAGCAUUGAAGUAGAGGAAAAAUCCAUAAUGCAAUUGCUUGUAGACGAAGUAUUGCAUCCCUUCUACGUUUUUCAGGUAUUCUCCAUUUUCUUGUGGUUAGCUGAUGAUUACUACUACUAUGCCUCUUGUAUCUUUUUGAUUUCUGCCAUCUCAAUCAUCAAUUCUUUGGUGGAAACAAGGUCCACCAUCAAGCGUUUGCAAACUAUCUCGAGAUUUUCCUGUGAAGUCAGAGCGUGGAGAAACGGGUUCUGGAAACAAAUUGACUCUACCGAGUUGGUUCCAGGUGAUGUAUUUGAAGUAGACCCUUCUUUAUCUGUAGUGCCAUGUGACGCUCUUUUGAUUAAUGGUGAAUGUGUCCUCAACGAAUCAAUGUUGACUGGUGAAUCUGUUCCUGUUUCAAAAACUAGUGCUACCCAAGAAACGGUACAGUCCUUGCCGGAGAAUUUUGCUACAGCCAUCUUAUCGAGGUCAUUCUUGUACAAUGGUACGAAAUUGUUGAAAAUGAAAUCUUCUAAUGAUGAGCCAGUUACUGCGAUGGCAGUCAAAACCGGUUUUAACACCACAAAGGGUUCUUUGGUUAGAUCGAUGUUAUUCCCAAAACCUACAGGAUUUAAGUUCUACGAAGACUCGUUCAAAUACAUUGGAUUUAUGACCAUCAUUGCUGCUAUUGGGUUCACAUACUCCACAUAUAACUUUAUUCAAUUAGGAUUAAGUAAGAGGGUCAUGAUCCUAAGAGCAUUGGACAUCAUCACAAUCGUGGUUCCACCUGCAUUGCCUGCAACUCUCACAAUCGGUACCACCUUUGCUAUCAACAGACUAAAGAAACUAGACAUUUUCUGUAUUGCUCCUACCAGAGUCAAUAUCGGCGGAAAAUUGGACGUUCUUUGCUUCGACAAGACUGGUACCUUAACUGAAGAUGGCUUGGAUGUUUUGGGAGUACACGUUGCCAACAAUGCUUCUGGUAGAAAAGAAAUAGUCUUUGAGGACAUUGUACAAAAUGGUCGUAACCUUGUUAGUGAAACUAUCAAGUCGGUGCAUGAUUCCAACAAUGGUAAGUUCUUGCUUGGUUGUAUGACUACUUGUCAUUCGUUGAGAUUGAUCGAGGACGAAUUACUUGGAGAUCCUUUGGAUGCAAAGAUGUUCGAAUUUACUCAAUGGAAUUACAAGGAAGAUCAGGUUACAGGGUUGCCAGUUAUGUACUUUGGCGACAAACAGUAUACUGUAUUGAAGGAAUACGAGUUUAUUUCGUCAUUACGUAGAAUGUCGGUAUUGGCCCAAUCUCAGGAUAGCAGAGAAAUCGUAUAUACGAAAGGUGCUCCAGAAGUUAUGAUUGAUAUCUGUGAGCCAGACUCCUUACCUUCAAACUUUGAUGAAUUAUUACAUCGCUACACGCACAGUGGUUACCGUGUUAUUGCCUGCGCUUAUAAGGAAUUGACUAGUUCAGGAAGAACUGCUCCCAGAGACCAAAUCGAGUCGAACUUGAUUUUCACUGGUUUUAUCAUUUUUGAGAAUAAACUCAAGAGCUCGACCAAACACACAUUGAGACAAUUGAAUGAUUCUCAUAUCAGAACAGUCAUGUGCACUGGUGAUAAUAUUUUAACUGCCAUCAGUGUUGCCAGAGAAUGUGAAUUAAUCGCUCCGGAAGUCACUAACAUCUAUGUCCCAUCAUAUGCCGGUGAGGGUGAUGAUAUCUACAUUACUUGGGAAGAUGUUGAUAACCUGGAAAACAAGCUUGAUCCUGAAACAAUUAAACCUAUUGACAUACGACAGGGUUCUGACUAUAAAUUGGCUAUCACCGGUGACGUUUUCCGAUUCUUGUUGACUGAAGUCAAGGAUAUUCAGUUGGUUCAAAAUGUCUUGAUGAACUGUGACAUCUUUGCCAGAAUGUCGCCUGAUGAAAAACACGAGUUGGUUGAACAAUUCCAGAAAAUUGAUUACACUGUUGGGUUUUGUGGAGAUGGAGCCAACGAUUGUGGAGCUUUGAAGGCUGCUGAUGUUGGUAUCUCUUUGUCAGAAGCUGAAGCUUCUGUGGCUGCACCUUUUACUUCAAGAAAGUUUGAAAUUUCAUGUGUCCUUGAUGUUAUCAAGGAGGGUAGAUCCAGUUUGGUUACCAGUUUCUCGUGCUUCAAGUAUAUGUCGUUGUACUCUGCCAUUCAAUUCAUCACCGUUACAAUCUUAUACCAGAGAGGUAGCAACUUGGGUGAUUUCCAGUUUUUGUACAUCGACUUGUUCCUUAUUUUGCCUUUAGCUAUUUUCAUGUCAUGGUCCAAACCAUACGACAAAUUGAUUAUCAAAAGGCCCACAGCCAAUUUGGUUUCUCCCAAAAUUCUUAUACCAUUGAUCUGCCAUAUCACUGUUAUUUUAUUCUUCCAGAUUCUCCUAUGGAUUGUAGUGCAACGUGAGCCUUGGUACAUUAGACCUGUUCCCGAUGAUGAUGACCAUGUUCAAUCUUCAGACAAUACCGUUUUGUUUUUAUUCACCAACUUCCAAUACAUUUUGAUUGCUGUCGUUUUGAGUCAAGGACCACCAUACCGUGAACCAAUGACUAAGAACUAUCCCUUCAUUAUUAAUCUAAUUGUGGCCGUCUUGUUGUCAUUGUCUUUGUUUUUAAUAAAUGGCGACUCCUCUCUAGGCGAUUUCAUGCAAUUAACCAAUAUGGGGUCGAGUUUCUACUUCAUUAUUGUGAUUCUGGCUGUGGUCAAUCUUAUCAUAAUGAUGAUCGGCGAAGAGAGUUGGUUCAAGAAAAUUGCAGCAACAUACAAAAGUGUUUUCCACAGACUGAGUUUAGGCAAAAGCAAGAAGAUUUUCAAGAACUUGAGAAGAGAAUUCUCCUUAAUCUCUACUGCUUGA